AACACCCUACAAUCAUAUCUAAACCAAUACAAAUUAGGUUAUAUCGUGGGUUGUGAUGUAGACAGAAGCAUUGGUUCAAGGUCCGUUUAAAUAAUAGGCCUACGUCCAGAUGUUACAUCAAGCCAUUGUCCAGACGGUUGCAUGUAGGUGAAGGAAUAAAUUCGCACAAAAUGAAGUUUGACGAGAUUCUUCAAUACCUCGGUGAAUUUGGUUUUUACCAAAAAAAAAUUUAUUUUAUACUUUGUUUCAUGGGCACAACAACGAUGUUUCAUAUGGUGGCGCAGGUGUUCUUAGCACCUUCAAUUGACCAUUGGUGUAAGGCACCCCAACUCGAUCAACAGAACUGUAGUCUAUGGCAAGGUAUUGACGAGGAAACUUGUAACGCGCUGAAAUACAACGCAACUAUUCCUGAAGACGACUCGGGCACGAUCUUACGAGAGAACCAAUGUAGAAGGUGCAACGUCACAUACUCUGAAUUUGACGUGCAUACGGAACGUUGCCAACUCUCUGAUCAAAAUCUUCAAGAAUGUGGAGACGGCUGGGAAUAUGACCACAGUCAGUACAAAGCAACUGUCGUCGAAGAUUUCGACCUAGUGUGUGAUGAUGGAUCCAAAGCGUCGUUAGCACAAUCGAUAUAUUUUGGAGGUGUUUUAAUUGGAUCCUUACUAUUUGGUGCUAUGGCUGAUUAUAUAGGCCGCAAGUCGACAAUGUUCAUCUGUAUAUUUAUAACUCUUGUGUUCAGCAUAGCUGUAAUGUUUUCACCUGGCUAUUGGUGGUUUACAAUGUUGAGAGCCGUCGUUGGAUGUGCGAAUAUAGGAAUAUAUCUCAUGGCAUUUACCUUAUCAACUGAGAUUGUUGGGCCGUCAAAACGUACGUUCGUUGGGAUUGUACUUAACUUCUACAUAGCUGUCGGCAUCAUGAUCUGCGGUCUUUUGGCUUAUUUCAUCAGAGACUGGCGAUGGUUGCAGCUUGCGAUAUCGGUGCCAAAUAUAUUUUACUUUUUUAUAUACCCAAUUAUUCCGGAGUCCCCAAGGUGGUUAAUAUCCCAGAAACGAUUUGAUGAGGCAGAAGCUAUUAUCAUGGAAUGUGCAAGAGUUAACAAGGUUGACAAUCUUCCCCCAGAUAUUCUCGAUGAAGAAAAAGCAAAGGUCGAACCAGACGUCAUCUAUAGCAUAGCCGACUUAUUUCGAACUCCCAACAUGAGGAAGAAAACAAUAAAUAUACUUUACAAUUGGAUGGUAAAUAGUCUGGUGUACUAUGGGUUGUCAUUAGGUACAUCUAGUCUUGGCGGUAGGGACUACCUUGCCUUUAUACUAUCCGGUGCUGUUGAAGUCCCAUCCUUCAUAAUAGCUCUUCCAGCGAUGAACAAGUAUGGGCGACGCCCUGUACUUUGUGUGUUUAUGGUGUUGGGUGGCGUUGCCUGCUUCACAUCGAUAUGGGUCCCUAUUGGUUGGGCUAGAACGACCGUUUCACUGAUUGGCAAAUUUGGUAUUGCUGCAUCGUUUGCGAUUAUCUAUGUGUUUUCUGCUGAACUCUAUCCAACUCCGAUAAGGAGUGCUGGUAUGGGCACUGCAUCCAUGACUGCCCGUAUCGGUGGUAUUCUCGCACCUAUAAUCCUAGAAAUCGGCAAGUUAUGGCGCCCUUUGCCAUUGAUAAUAUUUAGCCUAAUGUCAAUUUCGGCUGGACUCUUGGCACUUUUACUUCCGGAAACUCUAAACAAGAAUCUACCGGAGACGAUUGAAGAGGGGGAAGCCUUUGGGAAAAAAAUCCCAACUGUACAACAAGAAAUUAAGCCGACGAUGGUGGACUACAGUGGACAAGUAGAUAUGGAAAGCACUUUCACCAACAAAGCUUGUGACAUUAAAGAAUAGUGUAGAGCACUUUCACAAGCUUAUGGAGAACAGUUUUAUCAAAAAGUCUUACAAAAUUAAAGAAUAGUGUGGAUGCCAGUUUCACCAACAAAUCUUAUGACAAUAAAGAAUAGAGUAGAGAACAGUUUCUGAAAUCUUGUGACAUAACAAUUGGAUACCGGUAGCAGUUUAAUCUGUGAUUUCCCGUACCAGGACUGGUUUUGGGCAGCUGGAUCAUUAGGCCUGCAUACAGUUUUGGGCAUUUCAAUAGUCAACGGACCCACAAAGUUAUUAUUAUAGUAGUGGGUCAUUAUUAUAGAGUAUCCUUUAAGAAUGGUCUAUAGAGUACUAGAUUUCUAUUUAAAGUUUUAUAGUAAUCCGAACAAUAUUCGAGAAUUAAUUAUUGUCUUCAGAAAUGUAUAGAGAGGAUAUGAAGGUGUCGCUGAUCCGUACAACCUUAUUGUUAGGAUCAUAUAAUUCUCAUAUUUAUAAUAAUCAUAUUUUUUUAUUUCAAAAUCUCACUAAAUAGCGAAAACGCUUUAAAAUAUAAUAUUUUUAACCAAUGUGAUAGGAAAAAACAGGUCUUUCUUGUAGUGGGCUUAUAUUGUAUGCCUAGUGCCUAAAACAUAAUAUGGAUAUACAUAAGGCGUAUUCGAUUGGUCUGUUUUGAGCAGCUCUUUCAACUCAAACUGCACAUGUCGUAUUCGACUGGUCGCACAAGCAGCACGAACUCCUCACAAGAGCGGCUCGAACUCCUCGCUGUUUUUUAACAAGCACGCCACUGCGAGUAGUAAAUCACUCCUCGGAAAAGGACCAGUCGAAUACGUCUAUAUAUACAGUACUCCCAACUUCAUCCUUCUUUCACCAGAUACCAAUAAUCCCGGGUGAAGAGACCCAAUUAGAUAGUCUCACUUGCCAAAGGAAACAAUUACGGUGGCAUAGCC